AUGUAUAAAAGUAUCCUACUAUAUUGUUUUUUACUCUUAUUAACCCUCACAAAUGUUUUUGUUCAUGGCUCAUGCGAUAUAUUUUUUUAUAAUAAAUGUCCAUUACCACCAGUUACAAUAACAGUAAAUAUUGCCGAGUUUUGUCGAGACGCUAAAAAACAUGUUGAUUGCGUAAAUAGACGUUUGGAAAACUGCACUGAAGUUCAAGAAUAUGGGCCAGCUUUAGAAACUUUAAAACUAACAUUUAAAGUUUAUUUGACCCAAGCGACAUCACAUGGUUGUCACAAUCUUUAUGAUUCAAUACGAAUACCACGACGACUACCACGCACACGACGCUCAACAACUAAAAAACCUCGUAGACGCAAAUCAAAAAGACGUCGAACAACAGUGGCUGUUGAAUAUCAUUGUCGAAAAAAACUUGUUGUUGACUCCUGUGGAUCUUGGAAUGAAUCUUUAUCGAUUCUUAAUCGAACAAUAUGUGGUCAUGCUUUUCACUAUAUUCAAUGUCUAUCACCAUUGAAAAUGAAAUGCCAAAAUAUGCUAUCCAACGAUGAACAAAUUCUACAUAUUCAAGCAUUUAUACAAAAAUGUUUUAAAAAAUUUAUAAAAUCAUCCAAAAAUCAUAUCGAUUGUUUAAAUUCAAAUUUUACUUUUGUUUUUAUUUGCUUAGUAACUUUAUUUUUAAAUAAUAAUUAA